AUGAAACCCGUAUUCUUACAAGUAGAUGUCCACUUCCAAGGAAUGUUCGCCAGAAACCCCAUACACUACACCGGUGGAAUUACUCAGAGGUUUUCGGACAUUGAUUUCGCAGGAAUGGACAAGGAUGGGUGUGUUGUGUUCAUCGAAAGGUUCACUGGGGAAAAGUGUGAGAAACUCUAUUACUGCCAACCUAAUAUUGAUUUCCCAAAAGACCAUUUUGGGGAUAGUAAUAUACAGGAAUGGUUGGAUAAACACAAAGACGAGUUUGUUGGUAACGUUGAGGACGAAGUACUUGAUGGUGCAGGACUGGUUAAGGAAGUUGCACCAAGGUAUCGGGAUGUGGGUGACAGUGACACAAACGAUGAGGUAGAGAUGGGUGGGAAAGCAGGUGCAGGUGAGUUUUUCGAAGAAGACAUGGGUGACAAUGAAGAUGUUUAUCCCGAAUUGCCAAACAUUUUCAAUGAUAAGCUCAAUUGGAAGGAGCAGGAACUUGUUUUAGGGGAGUUACUUUGUGUUGUGGGUAGAGAUGCUAACAAUGGAAUAUUCCCAAUUGCUUGGGCAGUUGUUUCUGUGGAAAACAAAGAGAUUUGGAAAUGGUUCUUAGAAACUCUUUCAGAAGAUUUGCAAUGUUGGAAUGAUGGUAACGGUUUGGUUCUAAUUUCGGAUCAACACAAGGGUUUGAUUGAGGCAGAGUCUGUAAACGUUGCCACAGGAGUAGGGGAUGAUGAGGUAAUCGUAGAUGCUACUGAUGCUUUGGAUAGGCCUAGAGAUGAAGAGUGA